AUGAACCAGCAGACAUACCUGCAACAACAACAGCAAUACCAACAGUACCAGCAGUACCAGCAGCAUGCUUCAAGUCAGCAGUUCCAUCAGCAGGCGACGCCGCCCCAGCAACACUACGCGUCGCCGCAACAACACUACACGCCGCCGCAUGCCCACCUGACUCCCCCGCAGCAACCAACUCCCAUGCUCAACCCCGGCCAAGCGCAGCAGCAGCUCUUCCAGCAGCAUCAGCAGCACCAGCAGCAUGCUACAUAUAUCCAGCAAGGCGUGCUUCCAGGCACCGGCAAUGCACUCGUGUCAGCCUCCGCCGCCUCUGCCACUAUGGCCGUCGCCACCGCCGCACCCUCAAGCCCGUCGUACAGCCGCGUCGUCUUUGUGAUCGAAGCCACGGCAUCCAUGUUGCAGUUUUGGCACAACUUGCGAACGCUAUACGUGGAGCUCCUGUUGCGGUACAUUGACAAGGGCGUUUUUGGUCGGGUGGAGCUGGCGGUUGUACUGGUGGGUGUGGCUGACGGCACGAGCGACCAGCCUGUUGACGGCAUAACGUGGACGACGAGCGUCAGCGAGGUGCGGUCCACGUUGGAUGCGAUUCAGUUCGCCGGUGGCGGAUUCGGGCCCAUCGCCCUGGCCCAGGCUCUCGCGCACGUCAUAUACCUGCAGACGCUGCCAUCCUCCAUGCCUGUAUCGGCGCCGCUGCCAGGCGGCGGCUCCGCGCCGCCGCCAGCGGACCCUGUCGUACCGUGUUACUGCAUGUUAUUGGUGUAUUCGCCGCCGGACCAGUUACAGGUCUACGUUCCAGGGUUGAACAACCCAGCGGCGGUGGCGGCGGCGGCCGGCGGUGGCGGCGCGGGGCCGGCGCAAGCGGCAUCCGCCGCGGCCCAGCAGUCAGGCAUGGCGCACAUGCACACGUUCAACAGCCUCGUACGGUGUGUACGGCAGGCGUACAAUCUGCACCUGAGCAUCGCGUUUGUGCAAAAGGCCGAACUUCUGGUACGGAGCACGGCGCGGGAUUACACGAUGGCGAUGCUGGUGGACCAUCUGGGGCUCAGUGGCGGCCGUGACCGCGACCAAGCGAUGAUUCAGUUGGAACAGAUUAAGUUCACCUUUCCCAACCAUCGCGAUUACACGGGCCUUAUCUCGCCUGCGUGGACCUACGCCACCCUCGCAUUCAAAAGAGAGUUGGAGAGCGCCAAAGCUCGACACCACCAGGCACAGCAGCAGCAGCAGCUCGCUUUGCAAAGGCAAGCCCAGGCACAAGCCCAGGCGCAGGCACAAGCUCAGGCACAGGCACAGGCACAGGCACAGGCACAAGCUCAGGCACAAGCCCAGGCGCAUGCAAAGGCUGGGGGACCUGGGGUUCAGGCAGGGGCGGUUUCACCGUUUGCAAAUGCGGGCGAGGCUGUAGCUGCUGCGGCGGCGGCGGCGGCGGCGGCGGCACCAGGAGGAGCUGCUAACGGCUUGGUGGCGGUUCACGCGGCGGCAAGGCAGCACGGUGCUGUUGCUGCUGCGGCGGCAGCAGCUGCGAACAUGAUGGGUCAGUACGGCCAAGGUCCGGCAGCGGCGGCGGGGACGCCGUACAACGUCGCCGGGUCGACGCCUGGCCAAACGGCGGCAGCGGCUGCCGCUGCUGCAGCGGCGGCGGCGGCAGCAGCUCCUAAUGCGGCGACGUCGCCGACGCCGUAUUAUCACCCAUCGCCGCAGUACAGGGCGGCCGCGGCCGCGGCGGCGGCAGCAGUGGCGGCGGCAGCCGGCGGGCGCCCUGUCGGCCCUGUGCAGCAGCCGCAGCAGCAGCCGCCGUCAGCAGGGGUACUGCAUCAAUUUGUGCAGGCACAGGCGGCUGCAGCGGCGGCGGCGGCGAUGGCUGCGGCCAAGAUGCAAGGGCAGGGAAUGCCACAGAACCUGACCAAAGCCACUCCGCAGCCGCAGCCUAGGCCAGCGGCAGCGGGUGCUGGGGCCGGGCGGUUGGGGUUCACGCAGCAGGAGGGCUACCAAUACCCCAUCUUCCAGGUCCAGCUCUCCAGGGAGGGCAGCAUAUCUCUCCACCCCCCCUCGAGCGGCCAACACGCCCACCCGGGGGCCAUGUUGGAUGCGCUGUUUGACGGGUUUACCAAGUGCACGUACGCGUCCAUGGUACGGACCGUACCCAACGAGGAGAUGCCCGCGGUACGGCAGGCGAUUGUUGCGGAUGUACGGCUGGAGGUUCUGAUGGUGACGGAGUACGCGGAGAGCGUGUUGGUGUUCAACCAGAUUGUGCAGGAGGCUUGCCGUACCAACGGUGUGGCGCUUGAGAUUGAGGUAGUUGGUCUGCAGGCCUUCCGCCUCGUCAUCUUUCCGGUGGCGCUGACGAAGACGUUGGCGGGUAACAGCUCAGACUGCAAGGACCCCAUCCCUGGUUGGAUUGGCUGGCUUUACGUGUGA